UGAAUAUCUUUGCAUUCUAGUGCUAACUUAGUUCACUCAAAUUUACUACGGCCAAUCCUUUUGAACAAAUCUAUCGUCUUAACUGAUCCUAAUCUUCAAGACAGUCUUGCAGACUGAUUGUUGAAAUUCUGCGCUUGGGGACUGUACAAGACAAGAUGAAGGAGAAAUCCUUUUUUCAGUCCUGAUUAUUCUACUGUAUCGCAUCCUUUCUACAGCUAAGUUUGUGUUCCAAAGAGAUUCUUGUUCAACUCCUGAAGAUUCAAUCUAGGUAAAAAAUGCUGGCAUUCUCUGCUGAAGCUGCAGCAGCACAAGUCAAGGAGAGACUGAGAACUCUCUAUGAUUUGGUUCAUGAUAUAGAGAAAGACAGGCUGAAGCGUGAAAAUGUAUUAUCAGACAUCAGUAAAACUCACGAUAAAGUAACACAAGAGGGAAAACUAACAACUUACUUUCAGCAAAAAUUAAAGGGCUUGUACAAAACUGCGUUGGCUGAUGGAGACCAGGAGGAGGCUAUGAUUCGUAAGGCGCUGGACAAGAUUUAUGAAAUAAGAUCCAUCGACAAUGAACACAGACUUCAGGCAAGGAAAGCAGGUUGCAAAAAAACUGUGCGACAAGGUGCAAGUAUAAAAAUGCUCCAGAGCUCAGGUCAAACAUUACCUUUGUGGGUUGGCAAACCCAAUGAAAAGCCCCCACCUCUUUGUGGGGCCAUCCCUGCGGACCCUUCACAUGUGGCUAAGCCAGGAGACAUGGUGGCUGCCCUCGUGAAAGGUGAGGAGGGAGAGAAUUGGAUUGUUGGUGAAGUCGUCAUGUUCAAUCACCUGACUAAGAAGUAUGAAAUCGAAGACUUUUACGUUGAGACUGACAAAGUGCAAAAAGAAAGGUAUACGCUCAGUAAGCGUCGUGUUAUACCCUUGCCUCUAAUGCGUGCAAAUCCAGAAACAGAUCCUGAAGCUUUGUUUCCGAAGAAAUCUGUCGUCAUGGCACUUUAUCCGCAAACAACUGCUUUCUACAAAGCUAUCAUCAACCAGAUACCAUCAACUCCACAUGAACCGUACGAAGUGUUAUUUGAAGACUCCUCAUAUCCGGGUGGAUAUGCUGCUCCACUGAAUGUUUGUCAGCGAUAUGUUAUUGCUUACGAAGAAAACAAAAAAGGCAGUAAAAACAUGUGACAUGAAUCAGCAGAGGGACUCAUACCAGAAUUUUUCUUUGAAUUCGAUCCUGUUACUAUGUGACUGAAGUCUCCCUAUCUUUCACGAAUUACUUUAAAAAUCAAGGUAAACUCUGAGUUCAUCAUUAUUUCAUCCAAAUAUUUAAUUUUUGAAUCUACUCGUCCUCUUUUUUUUUAUCAGCACAAAACAUGCUUUCUUUUACGUAGAAAAAGCAAAAAAUAAAUUGUUGACCAAGACCAAGAUUGAACGGACUACUACUAGGCUCAACAAUAGCACUUUGUGUGUUCAAUAAUGGGUCGGUUAGUUCAUCGAGCUAUGCCAUUGAAAUCAAAAACAUUUUUAAGUCUCCAUAAAUUGUGUUAUCAGAUCAGUGUAAAUUUCAUCUUUUCUGCAGACCUCUUCAACACCUGUCCCUUCACAAUAACCAGAAUGAUUUCGUUUUAUUAUUUGAAUACCUCAGGCCUUGUCUUCCGGGACGUUUCAUGGGAUUUGUCCCAGGGCAAAAUCUCACUCCUGAAGUUGAGAAAAAUAUUUAGUUAGUCAAUACCUACUAAUCACAGUACCAAUUAAGAGUCCUUGUUGAGUACUAGGAACGAUUUAAAAAGAAGAAGAAUACAUUUUUUUGUGUUGUUUAACAGAAAAAAAGCCCAGAAUUUUCAUUCCUGCAACUCGAACUUGGGAAAAAUCCUGGGGAGGCUAGGCGUUUUUGUGUUCUACUGCAACAAUUUUUGAUCCCAUGGGCAAAGCAUAUUCAUUACAGAGUUAAUAGUCUCACAGUGUAUUUGGUUUCUUGUGCAGUUCUGUCUAGUAUUAUGACCUCUAAGUUUAUACUUUUACGAAAAAAGAUUAGUAGAAGUCUUUUUUGUAAUUCAGUUCAUAAAGAAAUUUUAAUUUGGAGAAUGAUUUAAGAGUGAUCUGUCUUCUCACAUCUCAGCACAAAGUUUGUUCACUUGUAUCUCAUGUUUUAGCAAUAAAAACACCAUUAGUUGUUCUCACGACCUCUUGUAUAGUUAUGUAGUUACCCACAAUAUUGUUAUUUGAUAAAAUGUUCUGCAAGUAAAUACUUUUUUUUAAGAAAUUAAA